CACAAGAAUUCAUUUUAUAUAGAUACAUGAUCAAUAAUCAAACAAUUUUUUAAUCCUAUUCAUGCACCUAAACAAAAUCAAAUACUCCAAUGAUUUGUACGUGCAUAUAUAUAUACACAUACACAAUAUUAAAAUUAGCAACAAACAGAUUAAUUUCUUACUAAAAACAGAAACUUUUAAGAUUAUGGAGGGAAGAAAAGUUACCGGUUGGGCUGCUAGAGACUCAUCUGCCAUUCUUUCUCCUUACUCUUUUCAUCUCCGGAAAACAGGUCCAGAAGAUGUAUUGUUCAAGGUGUUGUAUUGUGGAGUUGAUCACAGUGAUCUUCAUCAACUGAAGAACGAAAUUCACUUCACUACCUACCCUUUAGUUGCAGGACAUGAAGUGGUUGGAGAAGUUAUGGAGGUGGGAUCAGAAGUGAAGAAAUUCAACAUAGGCGACAUUGUUGGAGUCGGAUGUAUUGUGGGAUCUUGUGGUGAAUGUUGGUGUUGUAAAACCAACAAAGAACAAUAUUGCAGCAAAAUGGUGUUCACUUACAAUGCCAUUAACAACGACGGAAGCUUUACUCAAGGAGGAUUCUCCUCCGCCAUGGUCGUCCAUCAAAACUACGUAGUCAACAUACCGGAAAACCUAGCUCCGGAGCAGGCAGCGCCGCUGCUAUGUGCCGGAGUAACGGCGUUCAGUCCGUUGAAACAGUUCAUCAAAUCCGACGAGGUUAUCAGAGCAGGAAUUUUAGGGCUGGGAGGAGUCGGACAUCUAGGGGUUUUAAUCGCGAAGGCGAUGGGCCACCAUGUGACGGUGAUAAGCUCUUCCGAUAAGAAGAAACACGAGGCGUUAACCGAUUUAGGCGCCGAUUGUUUCUUAGUGAGCUCGAAUCACGACGAAAUGGAGAAAUCGUUGAACAGCCUUGAUUAUAUACUCGACACCAUACCAGUUUCUCACCAAUUACAAACUUACCUUCCACUUCUGAAAGUCGAAGGUAAGAUAUUCAUCGUCGGAGCUGCUCCUGAGCCAUUGCAGUUCGGUGCAUCUGGUUUGAUCUUAGGAAAGAAAACGAUAAGUGGAAGCUUCAUCGGAAGCAUUGAAGAGACACAAGAGAUUCUGGAUUUUUGGGUUGAGAAAGGUUUGAAGACGAUGAUCGAAGUAGUGAAGAUGGAUUAUGUUAACAAAGCAUUUGAGAGAAUGGUGAAGAAUGAUGUGAGGUAUAGGUUUGUGCUUGAUGUGGCUGGGAGUGACCUUGAGUGAAUGGUAAAUGUUUAGAACUAUAUGCAAAAAUAAAUAAAUAAAAAUAGCAAUGUAGUUUUUUUUUUUUUU